GCCGACACAAUUCCUGUUGCUACUCAACUGAUCCAUUCUUGAUGACACGGUCAUCAGCUCUGAUCCGCGCCAGGCUGCGUUUUGACGCCGGAUGCGGAUAAUUUCAACUUCUCAGGCUAGGACCACACUUUAUUCUGCAACAUUUCUUUUCACGCGCUCAGUUAUCCUUUUGCGUCGUGCCACCCAAUUAAACCAGAUUCAACAAUUGGCCACCGGAUGUUUAACCCUUUUCCCCCUCCGAGCCCCGGCGAGGAUUCGGGCUUGACCACUCCAAGGACUCUGCAAGGUGGUCGUCACAAGUGGGCAACAUCCAGAUGAUCCUUUGCGGUAACGUCGCAAAGUAAAGUCUCACUUGUGCAGACGCUGCCGUCUCUGGCAGGUGUGGGUCUGCAGAGGCAGAAGUGCGCGUUUCCCACUCAGUGCAAAACAGAAUCAAGCGUUCUGGGUACGUGAUCCACUAUUUGACCGGCUUGGAGGAACAUGUGGAGCUGGGACGCAUGCAACAGAAAGCUGUAACAUGAGCAGGAGCCGACACCGCGCAAGUAUGGGACUUCCUGUGCUUUGCAGAUGGCUUGUAUUCAUCGCGGUGGUGCCUGCCUGGCUGCUGGCCGCUCCGAACCCCAUGCGUGAGCGUCCCUGCCCGCAGAGCUGCAGAUGUGACGGCAAAAUAAUCUACUGUGAAUCCAACGCUUUCCGUGACGUGCCAAGCAACGUGUCAGUGGGAACUCAGGGCCUCUCGCUGCGUUACAACAGCCUGAUGAACCUGAGAGCCCACCAGUUUGCGGGUCUCGGUCAACUGGUUUGGCUGUACCUCGAUCACAACUACAUCGGCGCCGUGGACGGCCAAGCUUUCCACGGUAUCCGCAGACUCAAAGAACUGAUUCUCAGCUCCAAUAAAAUCACCCUGCUCAAGAAUAACACUUUCCACGAUGUUCCGAACUUGCGAAAUCUUGACCUUUCCUACAAUAAACUGCAGGUACUCCAACCAAAUCAAUUUGUGGGCCUACGGAAGUUACUCAGUUUACACUUGAGGUCCAAUUCUUUAAAAAUUGUCCCAAUGCGUGUUUUCCUUGACUGUCGCAACCUGGAAUUCCUAGAUGUUGGCUACAACAGGCUCCGGAGCCUCACACGGAACGCCUUUGCCGGACUCUUUAAGCUCGUCGAGCUGCAUUUGGAACAUAACCAGUUUUCCAAGAUCAACUUUGCUCACUUCCCCCGCCUGACUAAUCUGAGGGCGCUCUAUUUGCAAUGGAACCGUAUCAAAGUGCUGACCCAGGGCCUGUCGUGGAUGUGGACCUCCUUGCAAAAGCUAGACCUGUCCGGGAACGAGCUCCAGACGCUGGAUCCGAGCACAUUUCAAUGCCUGCCCAACCUCCAGACCCUCAACUUGGACUCCAACAAAUUGAACAACGUGUCUCAGCAAACGGUGGAGACUUGGAUAUCCCUCACCACCAUCAGUCUGGCGGGUAACCUGUGGCACUGUAACCCCAACAUAUGCCCCCUAGUGGACUGGCUCAAGGCUUUCAAGGGAAACAAGGAGUCCACAAUGAUUUGCACAGGCCCUAAAGAGGCACAAGGAGAGAAAGUCACCGAUGUGGUGGAGACUUACAACAUUUGCACAGUAACGCCAAGCCCCAUUACCUCAACAAGGGCGCCUCUCACUACUGCAUUUCAAACAGAACUGCUCCCCCUUCCCACACGGCCUGAAGUGGUCAAGAAGCUGGCAGAAAACAGGACAGCCUCUCCUACUCCUUCGCAGGCCCCUCCGACAAUCCCUUUACCAGACUCUGAGUAUGUGUCCUUCCAUAAAAUCAUUGCUGGUACUGUGGCCCUCCUCCUGUCGGUGGCUAUAAUCCUACUUGUUAUCUAUGUUUCGUGGAAGCGCUAUCCCAGCAGCAUCAAGCAGCUUCAGCAACGUUCCACGGUUAAAAAGCGUCAGAAAAAGGCUCGGGAGACUGAGCGCUCCUUUAAUUCGCCACUGCAAGAGUAUUACGUGGACUACAAGCCUUCACACUCUGAGACAAUGGAUGUGCUGGUUAAUGGGACAGGACCUUACACAUACACCAUCUCAGGCUCCAGGGAAUGCGAGAUUCCGCUGCAGUUGAGAGCCCUGACGUACGGUUGUGAGCCAUCAGUGCUGGACUACUGCCAUGCUCACCUGCACGUCAACCUGGAGCCCCACAAUCAGGAGAUGGACGCACUGAGGCCAAGCGGGUACCAACGGGGCCCAGUGAGCGUCCUUCCCCCGUACCGAUUCCCUCCGCCAGUGAGCAGCACACACUAUUAAAUAGUCAACAGACUUUACAAAACAUAAGACAGACUCUGUUGGAGGAAAUUGGUAAUAAUGGUAACAGAGGCAGUCGAUCUUCUGUAGAGCAUCCAGGACCCAGGGUAAUGGCGAUGAAAUAUUUCUCCAUGGAAAUACAGUGUAAGGGUACAAUUGUAUUGAUUGAUGAGCUUCGGACCCACCCAAGCCUCGAUAUCCUCAAUUAGCCAAGGAGGCUGAACAGCAAGCUUGACUUUCAAUGUUCCGCUCUGCUUGUUGAGGAGUAUUAGAGGUAAUACUUUGAUGAUUUGUUAAUCCUAUUAAGCAUUCUGUAUUUUUGUCACUUCUCCUCGUCUGGGUACCUCUGCUGUGUCAGGGAAAAUAAUCCAAUGGCUAGAAAAACGGAGCCCGGGAAACAGCGAGAAGAACUGCCGAUUCCCAAGUUUUCUGCUGCCUUUUUGGGGUUUGCAUAUUGUUAUCAUGAUUAUUGCCAGUCACAUGUCCCUGUAGGAUUUUCAUUUAUAUUGAACUAACCAAUCAAAUUGAGUAGAUAAGUAAAAGAGCAGAACAAAAGUGCUACAUGUACAGCCACACACCGUGCCAGAAAAUAGUAGACGGACUUUUGAUUUUCAUUUGUGAAGUCCAUUGCAUUUAGAUUAACUGCACAGAAAAGUAAACAUGUAUAAAAAAAAUAAAUAGCAAGUGCAGACCUUGUCUCACUUGCACACUCAUAUAUCGAGCCAGCUUUUCAUCAUCCAUUUAAUGCAUUCCUGUAUGAAGUGUUCAUUUUUCCUGCCCAGAUGUGUUCUUAUCGUGUGCUCACAUACUAUCUACAUACGUGAACUUUUUACGGGAUGUUACAUAUUCUAUGGAAAAUAAA